GGUGUAGAAACCAGUUGAGAAGCCAGACAGAUCUGAAUCUAAAUCUUGCUCUGCAGCUUGCUACUGUGUGAUCCUAGAUGAGUGAUUUGAUCUCUCUGAACCUUAUGACCACUGUCAUCUAAGAAAUGAAUGAGAUAUGUGCGUGACACUCCUGCUUGAUGCACGGCUUCUAGUGCUGACAUGUCGGUACCUCUCUCUUCUGGGUUUGUGUCUUAUUUACCUGGUCGGUCCGUAAGCCUGAAGCAGGCAGGAGUUGCAUCUGACAUCUGUCUGUCUCUGCCAUUACCCUGUGGCACCCAGUGCAGUGUUCCACACACUGGCACACCUGGAUUUGAAUCUCGACCAUUUGAUCUUGGAAAAGUUGUUAUCUUGGGAUAACAGUAUACCUGCCUUUCGCAUCUAGGUUUAGGAGAGCCAGAACCCAUGGGCCUCCUAGGAUAACAGCCCCACCUAGGAUAACAGUCUGGGGCACCCUCCAGCUGAAGGUGUGUUCCCUCGGUUCCCCAGCGGAUGAGGCCGUGAGACAGAACCCACAGACUCUGCGGGAACAGGACUCCAGGGGCCAUGGCCCAGGUCAGCAUCAACAGAGACCUUGAUGAAUGGGGCUUAAGCACAGACUCUGGGGAGCGUGCCCGUCUGCUGCAGAGUCCCUCUGUGGACAUAGCCCCCAAGAGUGAGGGGGAGGCCCCUCCUGGGGGUCUGGGCGGAGGCACCACUUCCAUACUUGGAGCCAUCUUCAUCGUUGUCAAUGCCUGCCUGGGCGCGGGGCUACUCAACUUCCCGGCAGCCUUCAGCACUGCUGGGGGCGUGGCAGCUGGCAUCACGUUGCAGAUGGCCAUGCUGGUUUUCAUCAUCAGUGGCCUCGUCAUCCUGGCCUACUGCUCCCAGGCCAGCAAUGAGAGGACCUACCAGGAGGUGGUGUGGGCUGUGUGUGGCAAGCUGACAGGCGUGCUGUGUGAGGUCGCCAUUGCUACCUACACCUUCGGGACCUGCAUCGCCUUCCUCAUCAUCAUCGGGGACCAGCAGGACAAGAUUAUAGCUGUGAUGGCAAAGGAGCCUGAGGGGGCCAGCGGCAGCCCCUGGUACACAGACCGCAAAUUCACCAUCAGCCUCACUGCCUGCCUCUUCAUCCUGCCCCUUUCCAUACCCAGGGAGAUCGGCUUCCAGAAAUAUGCCAGCUUCCUGAGCGUCGUGGGCACUUGGUAUGUGACUGCUAUCAUUAUCAUCAAAUACAUCUGGCCUGAUAAAGAGAUGAGCCCAGCAGACACCCUGAACAGGCCAGCUUCCUGGAUAGCCGUGUUCAACGCCAUGCCCACCAUCUGCUUCGGAUUUCAGUGUCACGUGAGCAGCGUACCCGUCUUCAACAGCAUGCGGCGGCCCGAGCUGAAGACCUGGGGCGGCGUGGUGACAGCCGCCAUGGUCAUCGCCCUCGCUGUCUACAUGGGCACAGGUAUCUGCGGCUUCCUGACCUUUGGGGCCGCUGUGGACCCUGACGUGCUCCUGUCCUACCCGUCAGAGGACGUGGCUGUGGCUGUGGCCCGUGCCUUCAUCAUCCUAAGUGUGCUCACCUCCUACCCUAUCCUGCACUUCUGUGGACGGGCGGUGAUCGAAGGCCUAUGGCUGCGCUACCAGGGCAUGCCGGUGGAGGAGGACGUGGGGCGAGAGCGGCGGCGGCGAGUGCUGCAGACGCUGAUCUGGUUCCUGCUCACCUUGCUGCUGGCGCUCUUCAUCCCUGACAUCGGCAAGGUCAUCUCAGUCAUCGGAGGCCUGGCCGCCUGCUUCAUCUUUGUCUUCCCAGGGCUGUGCCUCAUUCAAGCCAAACUCUCUGAGAUGGAGGAAGUCAAGCCAGCCAGCUGGUGGGCGAUGGUCAGUUACGGAGUCCUCUUGGUCACCCUGGGAGCCUUCAUCUUCGGCCAGACCACAGCCAACGCCAUUUUUGUGGAUCUUUUGGCAUAACCACUGCCUCCCAGAGAAUUCUUGGCCUUUGUUGUUGGACCCAGGAACCCAUCUCAUAGAGCUUCAGGACCACCCUGGGCCCAGCAUCAUUCCCCUCCACUGGUGGGAUGACAUCUGCACAUCCUUUUCCAGGAACAGUUCUGGGGUGAAAUCAGGCCCCACCCCUAUAGGCAGUUCAAACUCAGCUCCCUUCCUGCUCCCCCAUCCUG